GCUGGCCGAGAUUGGCUCCGCCCCCCCCCGUGUGACCCCGUUCAGGGACAAGCAGUAGAAAAUGAAUGAAUAUUCAAUAGAGGCAUUUAUCCUAUAAACUCCCCACAAGUCAGUAAAACUGAUGUAGCCUCUUGAAUAAGUGAUGUACAUAGUCAGUUUACCUUUGACUAAUCUCUACAAUUAAAUCAGUUUUAUUGUUACAGACCACUUGUACGCAUGCACCAUAGGAAAAAAAUGCUUACUGACAGAAUGUAACUAAGUACAUUUACCCAGUUAUUAUACCUAAUGACAUAUUUGAGGUAGCUGGUCUUUACUUGAGUAUUUUCUUUUUAUACCACUUUGUACUUCUACUCCACUACAAUUCACAACAAAAUAUUGUACAUCCCACUCUUUCAUUUAUUUGACAGGAUUAUUUACUAGUUAGUAAUCACUUUAUUUACUAGUUACUUUACAUUUUUUAACAUACAAAACAGAUAAAGAGGCCGUAAAAGACUGUCCCUUAUUAUAUGUUAGUACCCAAAAUUACAGACAAGUAUAUGUGUAAUGUUAGUCAGUUAUUCAGAUGUUAAUUGACAAUUAUUUUAAUAGCUAACUUUUUUCCAAGAAAAAAACUGUAACAUUUCAUGGACCAGGUUUCUCAAGAGGAAGGUUUUGCUUCUUUUCCUUUUAAUUAUUAUAAUAUGUUUAGUAUAUGUUAAUUUUGAGGUUUGGACUAUUGUUGGGAAAAUAAGCAUUGUUCAGGUGUAAUAAUUAGCAGAUUAACGGGCAAUUAACCAACUAGGACAGUAAACUACUAACUACUGCAUGAAUAAUAAUUAUCUAAUGAUAUUGCAACUCACCUGAAUUUCUUUGAUAUUAUCUGGAAGCAGCAUUUUUUUAAAUUGUCAGUUUAACUCUUUUAUGCAUGUUUUAUGCAUCUUUUAUGUUUUAAUUUUUUGUUAGCAGGCUAUUGUAUAUCAAUGUAUGUAUAGCAUGAGUGCAUUUUAACCAAAUCCCUUUUUAGUCAUGGCAACAUUCGUUUUUGUGUGUUAAUCUGUUGUUAAAGCUAUAUAAUCUUACAAAAGAGGGUUUUAAUACUUUGUAGUAAUUCAGGCGUUGAUUUGAAUAAUUGUGUUUACAUGUAAUAAUAUAUUCACGAGAGAAUCGAAUAUAUGUGGUGAUUCACAAUGUUUUGCUAUUGAAUUGUUUCGUCAUUAAAACUGGACUGUCGCUCAUAAAAUGACGUAAAUAACGUGUUUUGCCAUAAUGAUAACAAACCAUGAACACAAUGCUACAAUAAAGGAAAUUAAGCUUUAGCUGUGGAGCGGUGAUUGAUACGUAGAUAUUUACACAGGAGCGACCAAGUCUGGCAGGAUACCUGUAGGCAUAAGUCUUGGGGAAUCUGGUAAAAUCGAAGAAUAACUGAACGGAACAACGAGGCAGCACUAUGGCAUCAGAAUCUGCCAGUGUGGACUCCAAGGCAGAGCUGACUGCGUUACUGGAACAGUGGGAGAGGGAUCAACAAGGCAGCACACAGGAGCUGGUUGACAUCCUCACCAAAAUUUCUGAGCUUGUUGAGAAGGAGACAGAAGAGUACCACAAAGCAGACCCCGAUCCUUUUGAUGAUCGACAUCCAGGGAGAGCUGAUCCAGAAUGCAUUUUAGGGCACCUACUCAAGAUCCUUUUCAAGAAUGAUGACUUCAUGAACACACUGGUGAAUAGUUAUGUGAUGACGAGCAGAGAAUUUUCCCUCAACGCAGCAGCUUGUCGCCUACUUCAGAACAUCAUGCCUGGACUGGAGACCGCUGUGGUUUUUCAAGAAAAAGAAGGCAUAGUUGAAAAGUUGUUUAAGUGGGCUCAGGAGGCCGAGCAGCCCCUCAGAAUCUAUGCCACAGGCUUGUUGGCUGGUGCCAUGGAGAACCAGGACAUUGCAGCCAACUACAGGGAGGAGAACUCAGUUAUGGUGCCAUUGAUGCUGCAUCGGUUGCGUGAGCUUCAGGAUAAAGAUGCUGAGAGCAAAAGAGAAAUCAGACGGCCCAGCCCCAGGAAGACUUUGAGUGAGCCUUUGCUACCUUUGAAUGAGGAGACUGUUGAUGGUAGCUUUGAAGGGAAGCCCUUCACGCCAGGUCUAAAUGGAGCUGAAAGGGAGGGGAUGGGACCAGAUGAAGAUGGUGACAUUUCCUUCUCAACUAUCGAGUCUGAAAACGAGCCUUCGUUCCGUCUCAACUCCCCACAUAAGACUAGCAGCCGUGCCAACUCAGCUGUUAAAACCAUGAUGAAGCCCAUGUCUGCCCCAGGUUCACUGAUACACCAAGGCAUGUCUGAUGGCAGCAGUUACCUAAAAAGGAGGGCAGAGAGGGAGGGUGGCAGGACCUCAAAACAGAGGCUCGCUUUCUCUUUGUCAGAGCCAGAGAGGAAUUUCAGUGAGCUUUCCAACAGCAGCUGGUCGGAUAUGAGCCCUUGGGUGAUUGGCAACAACUACCAUCUGUACCCUCUGACCCCAGAGAUCGAGCAAAGGCUCAUCCUGCAGUAUCUCACUCCUCUGGGAGAAUAUCAAGAGCUUUUGGCAGUGUUCAUGCAAAUGGGAGCUCGUGAGCUACUCAUGCAUUAUAUGGAUGUAAAGCAGACCAAUGAUGUGCAGCUCACCUUUGAAGCUCUCAAGUACUUAGCAUCGUUGCUGCUGCACAAGAAGUUUGCUGCAGAGUUUGUGGCUCACGGGGGAGUUCAGAAGUUGCUGGAAAUUCCCAGACCAUCUAUGGCUGCUACUGGAGUAUCUCUGUGCCUCUACUAUCUUGCCUAUAACCAGGAUGCCAUGGAGAGGGUCUGCAUGUUGCCCCACUCCGUCCUGUCAGAUGUGGUUGGCUACACGCUGUGGUUGCUGGAAUGUUCACAUGCAUCAGGCUGCUGCCACGCCACCAUGUUCUUCUCCAUCUCCUUUUCUUUCCGUGCUGUCCUAGAGCUUUUUGACAAGCAGGAUGGGCUCCGACGUCUCGUCAAUCUGAUUAGCACACUGGAGAUCCUGAACCCUGAGGACCAGGGAGUGCUGCUGAGUGAUGAUGAGAUUUUCUCCAGCAGACAGACAGCCAAGCACACCUGCAUGGCCCUACGCAGAUACUUUGAUGCCCAUCUGGCAAUCAAGGUGGAACAGGUGAAGCAAUCGCUGCAGCGCACAGAGGGUGGUGCCCCCAUUCACUCCCAGCCAUACUACAAGGCGGUCAGCUAUAGUCGUGAGCAGGUGGUGGAAAUGAUGGAGUUUCUGAUUGAGUACAGUCCAGUCCGGCUGUACUGGGAACCAGCAGAGGUUUUCCACAAACUAUCUUGUGUCCAGCUCCUCCUGCAACUCAUUUCCAUUGCCUGUGACUGGAGGACCUACUAUGGCAGGAGCGAUACAGUGCGUUAUGCCCUCGACAUCCUCAGUAUCCUCACAGUUGUUCCAAAGACGCAGUUGUUGUUGGCUGAGGCGGUUUCUGUGCUCGAUGAGGGAGGAUCCACUGUGUCUACUGUCGGGAUGAGUAUAGUCCUGGCAGUAGCAGAGGGAGAGGUAUUUGUGAAUGAUGCAGAGAUUCAGAAAUCAGCUCUGCAGGUUAUCAUCAACUGCGUAUGUGCUCCAGACAAACGCAUGUCCAGCAUUGGCAAGUUCAUUGCAGGCACCCCCCGUCGCCGGUUACCCCAGCAGACCAAAGCCAGCGAGAGUGUGCUCACUAAGAUGUGGAAUGUGGUGCAGUCCAACAAUGGCAUCAAGGUGCUGCUGUCCUUGCUGACAGUGAAGAUGCCCAUUACAGAUGCAGAUCAGAUCCGAGCUCUGACCUGUAAGGCUCUGGUGGGUCUGUCUCGAUCCAGCUCUGUCAGACAGAUCAUCAGCAAGCUGCCUUUGUUUAGCAGUGGACACAUCCAGCAGCUUAUGAAGGAGCCUGUGCUCCAGGACAAACGCAGCGAACAUGUCAAGUUCUGUAAGUUUGCAGCCGAGUUGAUAGAAAGGGUUUCUGGGAAACCACUGCUGAUCGGUACGGACGUGUCUCUGGCAUGGCUCCAGAGGGCCAGUGUGGUCGCACAGUCUAGGAUCACCUUCCCAGAGAAAGAGCUGCUAUUGCUUAUUAGGAACCACCUUGUGGCCAAAGGCCUUCAUGACACAGCCACCACACUCACCAAGGAGGCAGAUCUCCCGAUGUCAUGUCUGUCUCACUCCUCACAUUCAGCUUCUGCUUUCCCUCCUGUCGCUCCUCCUCCACCUGCCUCUCCUGUUGCUAUUCUCCCCCGCACACCACGGUUGGCCAAUGGUGUUGGGUCGAGACUCGGAAACCAUCCUUCUCAUUCAUCCACUCCAGGAUCAAGCCACCCGCAAACCCGUACCUCUGCAUCACAACCCACUGGGUCUGGUUCUGCUGCUUUCCCCUCAACAUCUGUCCCCCACUGUAGCAAUGGCUCCCCGCUGAUUGGUCGAAUUGUUUUCUCUCGCGAGCGACAAAUGGGGUGUGGUACAGUGAGCUGCAAGAAACCCCGGGUGCUGAGGCAGAAGUCUGACCAUGGCGCCUUCAGCCAAAGUCCAGCAAUGAAGAAGCAGUUUGACAGGCACCUGCCCUCACCCCCAGCAUUAGACAGCAUUAUUACAGAGUAUCUGAGGGAACAGCAUGCACGAUGCAAAAACCCUGUUGCAACAUGCCCACCUUUCUCUCUUUUCACCCCCCAUCAAUGCCCUGAGCCCAAACAGAGACGCCAAGCACCCAUCAACUUUACAUCCCGACACGCAAGGAGGGUCAUAUAUCCUAAAUAUGGAGGAGUAGAUGGAGGAUGCUUUGACAGGCAUCUCAUCUUCGGCCGGUUUCGUCCCAUCUCCGUGUUUAGAGAGGCCGAUGAGGAUGAAAGUGGAUUCAUGUGUUGUGCCUUCUCGGCUCGCGAGCGGUUUCUAAUGCUCGGGACGUGCACAGGGCAGCUCAAACUCUACAAUGUAUUUACAGGCCAGGAGGAAGCCAGCUACAGCUGUCACAGUUCAGCCAUCACUCACCUGGAGCCCUCACGGGAUGGCUCUCUGCUCUUAACUUCAGCCUCUUGGAGUUACCCCGUGUCUGCACUAUGGGGCAUGAAAUCAGUGUUUAUCAUGAAACAUUCCUUUUUGGGUGACCAUUAUGUGGAGUUCAGUAAGCUUUCACAAGAUCAUGUCAUUGGGACUAAGGAACAUAUAGCACGUAUAUACGACAUCCAGACGGGACAGGUGACUCUGACUCUCAACAACCCAGACCUGGCGAACAACUACAAGAGGAACUGUGCCACCUUCAACCCCACAGAUGACCUUGUGCUGAACGACGGCGUGCUGUGGGAUGUGCGCACGGCUCAGGCCAUCCACAAGUUUGACAAGUUCAACAUGAACAUCAGUGGUGUGUUUCAUCCCAAUAGCCUGGAGGUCAUCAUAAACACAGAAAUUUGGGAUCUGAGGACCUUCCACCUCCUCCACACUGUUCCCGCCCUGGACCAGUGCAGGAUAGUGUUCAACAACAACGGCACCGUCAUCUAUGGAGCAAUGUUGCAGGCUGAUGAUGAAGAUGAUAUGAUGGACAUGCAGAUGAAAAGUCCAUUUGGUUCAUCGUUCAGGACCUUUAAUGCCACGGACUACAAACCGAUUGCUACUAUCGACGUGAAGAGGAAUAUAUUUGACCUUUGUACAGAUACAAAAGACUGCUACUUAGCUGUGAUUGAGAACCAAGACUCUGUCAACAAUGACACGGUGUGCAGGCUGUAUGAAGUUGGUCGGCAGAGACUUGCAGAGGAAGAGGAGGAUGAGGACGAUCAGGAGGAUGACGAUCAGGAGGAAGAUGAUGACGACGAUGAGGACUCAGAUGAUGAUGUUGAUACAGAUCCUCUUAUCACCGAGCUAGAGAACGAGAACGGCGGAGAGGAUGAGGAUGAUGAAGAGGAGGACGAUGGAAAUGAUGAAUUCUCUCCCUCUGAUGAAGAGGUAGCACGUCUUCUUGAAGAGGAUGCUGAUGCUGGAGAUGAUGAUGAUGAUGAGGAUGACAAUGACGAAGAUGACUCUGAUAAUGACGAUGUUGAUCUGGAUGGUGACAACGACAGCUCUGACAUCUCUGACCUCGAGGAUGACAUCAUCUUAUCCCUGAAUGAGUGAGGAGCCAUGGGCAUGUGGGACGGAGCAGCUAGACAACAUGUCAAGACUUCUGCGUCUUAGAGAUUUGAGCUGCCAAACAGGAGGCAAGAGAAGAGGAUGAUAUCAGCAGAUAAGGUGGGAGACAAGAGAGCACUGCCAGUUUGAAACAGUCGUCGUCUGCACACUUUGGAGCUCUAUGACAGGACCAAGGAAAAAAUCUGAUAGAGAUGGAAGAAAACAAAGUGAUUGUAUAUGAUAUAGUUUUAUAAAACAAGUGAGUUUGUUGAUUGAAAAUGCCAGUGUGCAGAUGAAGCGAAGAAAGGUUUUAUAUUUUAUCACAUUAAGGGCUCUUUAUAUGAGCCUCUUCAUUUGAUAUUGAUUCGCUCACUUUGUAAGCCUUUUGUUUGGUCACAGAUUAGUCUUUGUAGGACUGUGGAUCUGCAUUUGUGUGGCAGAAGAUGCAGUGCUCUCAAGUUUGUAUUCCGCCAGACCACCUGGAAUAAUCACCAAAAAAGUACUAAAGUGUUAAUUUAGGCAGCUAAUAUAUUGCACAGACAUGUUGCUGAUAGUUCAUCAAGCCUCAAACCCACCUUCAGGUUUUAUUUUCAUCAUAAACUGAUGACCAAAGUGCCACAUACACAGCAGGGCCAUCUGUGAACAUCACCUCCUGAUUUCAUUGUAUAAAUACAGAAUUAAAUCAGCUUGGUGCUGUUGAAUACCUAAUGUGGACACUGUCACAAAGCUAUUGAUACACCCGUUCAUUGUAAGCACUUGACAGACAUACAGAGGCCUAUACAGCUCUUUACCUUUGUGUUAUUUCACAUAUUUUCACAUUUAUUGAGCCACACAGUCAUUUGGGUCAAGUGGGCAUUUCUUAAAAAGACUGCAGGGCUUGUGCUGUUGGUAACAGCAUAGCUCCAGAUGAAACUUUACAUUAGAUUACUGAGGAUUUAUCACAGUGUCUUUGGUCCAGGACUGAUAACAUAGUAAAACUCAUCAAUUGGAAUACAUGAAAAAUAAUUUUUGAAAAAGCUUAGAAGCAUUGGAAAUAGAAGAUGAAACCAAAUGUAGUAAAAUACUUUUUUCAGAUGUGUUCUCUCAUAGAUAAGAAGCUUCAAUUUCUGAAGAUUGUGAAAACAGAUGCCUAGCACUUGCACACUUUUUGAAAGCAGUGCAAACAUUUCAUGACUUUUCUCAUGUUUUUGCUUUGUAUCUGUUCAUUUUAUGUUUUCUUUUCCAUAAGGAGACUUUUAUGUUGUUUCUUUAGACAAUUUAUGUACAGCUUGUAUGUAUCUA